UCAAUAGUUGCUUCCAAAAAAUGCCUAAAAUAGCCUUCGGCCGCUUCGAUGAUUCCUUCAGUUUGGCCUCCUUCAAGGCCUACCUUGCUGAGUUCCACUCCACCAUACUCUUCGUCUUUGCUGGAGUCGGUUCAGUCAUGGCUUACAACAAGUUGACAUCAGACGCUGCUCUUGACCCGGCGGGGCUGGUGGCGGUUGCUGUUGCCCAUGGUUUCGCUCUCUUUGUUGCAGUCGCUAUUAGCGCCAACAUCUCCGGUGGCCAUGUUAACCCUGCGGUGACCUUCGGGCUGGUUGUUGGUGGUCAGAUCACCAUUCUCACUGGCAUCUUGUACUGGAUUGCCCAGCUUGUUGGCUCCAUUCUUGCAUGUUUCCUACUCAAACUUGUCACAGGAGGCUUGACGACUCCCGUCCAUAGUCUUGGAGCUGGGGUUGGAGUCAUUGAUGCUAUUGUCUUCGAGAUCGUGAUCACUUUCGCUCUGGUCUACACCGUCUAUGCAACGGCGGUUGACCCGAAGAAGGGCUCACUGGGCAUCAUUGCACCCAUUGCCAUAGGUCUUGUUGUAGGUGCAAACAUCCUGGCUGCAGGCCCAUUCUCCGGUGGAUCAAUGAACCCCGCCCGCUCCUUCGGCCCCGCCGUCGUCAGCGGCGACUUCAAGGACAACUGGAUCUACUGGGUGGGACCCCUAAUUGGAGGUGGCAUGGGAGGAUCUGUCUAUGCAAUUAUGUACAUGGGCUCUGAUCAUCAACCACUAGCGUCCAGCGAAUUCUAAGCUGAGUUUUUUUCAGGAACUCAAUUGUUUGUUGUUGUCUCAACCCAUUUCCCUUUGAAAUA